AACUUACUUACCGACACUUGGGUGGCCUUUAACCACCAUAACAAGAACCACCAGAUGGCUGCCAAUUUUCCGCUUAUAUUAUACCAGUUUUGAUUCCAUCUGUGUUGCAAUUUUUCUAAUAUUUGGAGCAUAUAAGUGGUACAUCUUGAGGAGCAGAUAAAUGUCUUGUUUCGGAGGAACACGAGGAGUAAUGCUCACUGAACGACUAACAAAGGUAGACUGAGUCACGAAUAUAUGACCGGCCGCGUCCUGCGGGCAGGCGGACGCAUCUGAUGUAACUAAGAAUGUUGUAUUUUUGUCCCACUUGCGCAAAUCUACUGAUCGUGGAGGAGGGCUCACAGGGUAUGCGCUUCUCUUGUGUCACCUGUCCAUAUGUUUUCCCAAUCAAGAGAUGUGUGUCAUACAAGAUUUACCCUAAAAUGAAGGCACUUGAUGAUGUUCUUGGAGGUUCAGCUGCUUGGAAAAACGUUGAUUCUACUGAUGAACCUUGCCCUAAGUGUGCUCACCCUAGAGCCUACUUCAUGCAAGUGCAGACAAGAUCGGCUGAUGAGCCUAUGACUCUGUUCUACAAAUGCUGCUCACCUACUUGUGGUCAUCGCUGGAAAGAAUAAAAUCUAUCACUGAUUGAG